GACCCAGGGCCAUUCACCAGAAGGAUGGGGCUGCCUGAUGUCCAGCUCUGGCUGGUGCUGCUGUGGGCACUGGUGUGGGCACAGGGGGAAGGGUCUGUGUGUCCCUCCUGCGGGGGCCCCACACUGGCACCCCAAGCAGAACGAGCUCUGGUCCUCGAGCUAGCCAAGCAGCAAAUCCUCCAGGGGCUACACUUGAGCAGUCGUCCCAGAAUAACUCAUCCUCCACCCCAGGCAGCGCUGACCAGAGCCCUCCGGAGACUACAGCGGGGAAGUGUGGGUCCAGCGCAUGGGGAGGAGGUCAUCAGCUUUGCUGCCAUCACAGACUCCUCCACCUCCACCUGCGGUUCCACGCUCACCUUCCACCUGUCUACUCCUCGGUCCCACCACCUGUACCACGCUCGCCUCUGGGUGCACGCUCUCCCCACCCUUCCUGGCACUCUUUCCUUGAGGAUUUUCCGACGGGGCCCUAGGCGGAGACGCCGAGGGUCCCGCGUCCUCCUGGCUGAGCACCAAAUGACAACGCCAGGCUGGCACGCCCUGACUCUGCCCUCUAGUGGCUUGAGACGUGAGGAGUCUGGUGUCUUGAAACUCCAGCUCGACUGCAGAGCCCUGGAAGGCAAUGGAACGGCUGCCCUGCAACCUUGCCAGCUCCUGGACACAGCGGGAGAGCAGCGGCCCUUCCUAGAGCUUAAGACUCGGCCCAAAGAGCCUGGAGCAGGCCGGGCCAGGAGGAGGACCCCCACCUGUGAGCCUGAGACCCUAUGUUGUAGGCGAGACCAUUAUGUAGACUUCCAGGAACUGGGGUGGCGGGACUGGAUCCUGCAGCCCGAAGGGUACCAGCUGAAUUACUGCAGUGGGCAGUGCCCCCCACACCUGGCUGGCAGCCCAGGCAUUGCUGCCUCCUUCCAUUCUGCUGUUCUCAGCCUCCUCAAGGCCAACAACCCUUGGCCCUUGGGUACUUCUUGCUGUGUCCCUACUGCCCGAAGGUCUCUCUCUCUCCUCUACCUUGACCGUGAUGGCAAUGUGGUGAAGACAGAUGUGCCAGAUAUGGUGGUAGAGGCCUGUGGCUGCAGCUAGCAAGAGGACUUGGGGGUCUGAUGUGAAGACAUCAAGCUAGGGGAUCCCAGGCAAAGGGCGUCUGUGGAUGGAGUCAUCAGAUUCCUGAUCCAUACCUUCACCCAAUGGGUCACCUGGCAAUAUGACUGGGUCGACCCCCCUGGGAUCCAAAUGGGCACUUUCUUGUCCAGACUCUGGCCCAUUCCAGGUUGGCUGAUGUAUGGGAAAAUGGAGAAAGUGUGUCCUCAUAAGGAGUCUACCCAGAAAGCAUGAUUUCCUACCCUAAGCUGUCUGAGAAGAUGGCAGAGGUGAGGGAGGGAGGGUGGGAAGGAGAAGGCAGAGAAAAAUUUCUUAGUUUCUCCCAAGAAGAGAAGGUCCUCAAGUGAGGGAAGGAAGAAGCAGACCAAGGGCCCAGUGGGCUUGGGAUGGGGAAACAGGCUGGUCAAGGGUAGGGGCUGUUGAUGUGCUUUAAGGGAGGCUCAGGAGGGAGCUGGUCGAGGGGUUGAGGGAGGUGUUUAGGAGAGCCCCAGCAAUGGAAGUCCAGAGAAAGGGGUGCUGAGCAGGAAAAGUUCUCUGGUUUUUCGGAGGGGGGGCAGAACUCAGUGAGGAGGUCGACGUUUAUACUUUCCUAAUAAAAAUGAGGGGAAAAAAAAA